CACCAAUUCUAUUCCUGGUUGUCUAGGCCUUCCAGACCUUCUCUGCCUCCUGUGGAGUAAUGUGCCACACAACAAUGGCGAACGAGUGAGCUCUCUGGUAAUGGAUUUGGAAUCAACCAUGGUGAGCUUAAGAAGACAGAAACGCUUGAGGCCAUGCUCUGGAAGUAGUUCGGGUGUAGCUUCACUUCCUGGUUUUUGUGACAAUGGAACUUCUCUUCAAGCUUCUACCCAGGAAAAACCUGAUAAUGUGCAUCUCACACCUUCAAACAAUGUAAAUCAAUCAGAGGAGGCUUCCCAAAAUGAAUCAUUGAGAGACCCAGCAGCUGCUGAGAGGGUUUUGCUGGACCUACUUGGCCCUGCUUAUACCAGGAUUAUGCAGGCGUAUGCUGACUGCGGUCUGAAGAAGAACUUAGCUCACCAUGCCCUUGCCUCCUGCCUCCAUAUUGCUAUGUGGCUAAGGGUUACUGGGGAUGCCUCUAAGGAGCGAGAUGAAGCAAUAGCUCAUGUUGCAGAGCUGGAGAAAAGAGUUGGAAACUUUGUAGAAACCACUACCAAACAGGAGGCAGUAAUCGAGUUUCUGAGGCAACAGGUCCUGGAAUACUCUAGCAUGAAGAGGGAGUAUGAGUCCAAGCUUGAUGGUUUGUUAAAUGAUGUUAGUCAGCAGAGGCAGAAGGCUGAAAUGUGGGAGAGUAAGUGGAAGGAGCAGGAGGCCUUGCAUCAGGUUAAGGCUACUCGUCUGGAGGAGUUUUCUUGUCACCUGGAAGAGGUCUUGAAGCAGCUUGGGGAAGCCAAUGCUGACCUUUCUGAGGUCACUCAGGGCCUUCAUGUGGCUAGGGAAGGUAUUGAGAAGUUCACAGGUACCUUUACUCAGGCUGAGGUUAAAGUGAAGCAGCUCCAGAAGAGCUGUGAAAUGUAUAGGGUGCUUCGUGACAUGGAGAAGGAAAAGCAUACCAAAGAAAGGACUGCUCCAAGUGCUGAGCUCAAGGAGGAUCUCCAGAGGAAUGAAAACCAUAAGCAGAACAAAGAUGGUAACAUGCUAACCAGGGAGAUGAUCAAAGAACUCAAAAAGAAGGUGAUGAGGUGGGCCCAAGAAAAGUUUCAGGAGGAAGGUGAAGACCGGGACAUGGAUGGAGAGGGCUCUAAUGCAUCAAGGGAACAAGUGGAGGGCAGGGAUGCUCUGUCUUUCUGGACGAUUUGCAAUCACUGCAAAAUGUACUUUGAGUAUCAUAGGAUUUAUCAAAGUAACUUGCUCCUUUGCCAAAACUGUCACAAUCUUUUUAAUGCUUUAGAAGUUGCUCCACCGCCACAGGUUUCCAGGUCAUCCAGUAGGUCUUCUCUCCAGCAACAUUAAAAUUCAACAGCCCAUUCUUCAUCGAAGGGGAAGGGUUCUGCUGCUGCAUAGGUGGAUAGAGAAGUGGACCUCCAUGAUGCUAUAUGAGCUAGUUUAGAUUAAUCAAAAUUGGAAACAAAAGCCAUGUUUUAGCAACCUAUUUUCUUGUCUUAUAUGACUGACUAAACCUCUCCAAGCAAAUCCCUGUUUGAUUACUUUAGU